AAACAUUUUACCAGAUGAAAACGAAUCUUACCUCUGGUGUUGGUGGAAGACUCGGAGUUAUGUAUUUAAGUGGGAUUUUAAUGAAAAGAUUACCACUAAAUACACUGAGCUUAAAGCGGUUUAUGUUGAGAACAGAAGCUAUUAAAUUAUACAGAAAUAUAUUACGUCAGCUGCAACAUUUACCAGACAAGUCGCAGCGGAAAGAAAUACAGGAGUGGGCUCGAGCAGAUUUUGAAGCUCACAGGCAUCAUGAAGAUGAGGAGGUCAUCAAGCUGCUCAUCAUACAGGGGAAUAAGCAAUUGGAAGAACUUGAAAAAUCUAUAAAAAUAGCUAAGUAGUAGUUCUGUAUUUAUAUUUUUAAUGUUUAUAUUAUGUAGAUAAUAAAAAAAAAUUAUUUA